ACUCAACAAUACUUCAAAGAACACCACGGUACUGUUAUGUACUUGCCCCCAAAAAAACACGUGGUACUUUUUGGGGCUAAAAUGGUUACUCUGCAAAUUACUAAUUUUGUUUUCUCGAAAUACUUCUUUAGGGAAAAGAGAAAAAAAUCCCUUGCUACUCAUUUCUUGAGUUUGCUUUAUUUGCUGUAUCGCAGACUCGUUGCCGUGGCAACAGAUAAAAUCUAGUCAACAAAUAUCUGACGUCAACGUUCAGCCAAUCACCGACGCAAAAACGCAAACUUUCGUUGCGAUCAACGCUGCAAACUCGAACGCAGGUAACGGAGAAAGUGGACCAAUCAAAAGGUUGAAAAUUUACGCGACGCGCUCGUUUCUGAACGCAUCCGAAACGCAUGCUGGAGAAGGAAACAGCCUGGUUUUAGGGGCGUGGCACGGGCAGAGUGGUUGGGUUGACACGAGGCUCUUGCGUAAAAGAGGCGGGGCUACCAGAGAUGCCAAACUUCAAACAACGUUAUGUUGAUGUAUAUAAACGCGUUCUCGUGUUGGACGCGCCGCUCCAGGUGAACGCAAAGUGUGAGGGAACGCGAUUAAGCUGUGUGUCCAUGUAUGUGUGAGCUGUGUUGGGGUCAGGAUGGAUGUGGAGGAGCCUGAAUUGAGUCACACGGAGGCACCGGCGCCCAAACGCAGCAGAGGUCGACCUCGCAAACCACCACAGGAGUCUGUCGAACCCCCCGCUCCCAGACGGCCAAGAGGAAGACCUAAAGGCAGUAAAAAUAAAGGCCAGCGUGUCGCAGUCAAAGUAGAGCCAACUGGAGAGAAGAGACCUCGAGGCAGACCAAGAAAAUGGCCACAGAAAACAGUUCCUCAGGAAGAAAAGCAGCCAUCUCAUCCCGAGGUCGAAGAGGCGGAGUCAUCGGAAGACCCGCCCGCUCAGACCCCGCCUCCUUCUUUACCAUCAGAGGGGAGUGUCUAAAACUACCUCACUGGAUAUUGAGAGACAGCAUCGGGGGCGAUGCUUCAUCUCAGCUGCCUCCAUCUACACUGUACAAGUUGAAAACAUGCAGUUGGUACCUUACUACCUGAUCUGACCAUUAAAAAUGACUUUCGGUGGUGUAACUUAUCGUAUAGAGGAUGAUGCAGUCAUAUUUAAUAUUUUAUUACAUGAAUUACACUCCAAAAUACUUAUAGCUGCUCAUCAAACGUUCUCAUUGGCUGAGGAGAAAAAACUUAAGUAGUAUAAAAAGUUUGCUGCACCCAAGAACUGAAAAUAAUGCUUUGCACCACCUCUGAAAUAUUAUUUGAUUUGAUUUUAUUGGCUGACAAUACAGAUCUUUCUAUUUUUUUAAACUCUUUACAACUAACUCAGAAAUACAUUCAAUUAAAUUAAACAGGACUUGAAUUGCCACUGACAUUUAGGAUUCGGGAGCACCACCACAGAUUACAAAGCAAAACAAAAUUGGGAAGAUAUUUGCGUUAUAUUCAUUUUAUUUAAAGUUGUACUUCUCAGGAUUUGACUUCUUCAACGCUUGAAAAUGACGCAUCAUUUUAAAAAUGAACAUGCAUUUUAUAAUACUUUUUAAUGUUUUAUAUCUUUUAUUGUUGUAUUUGUAAUGUUUACAGCAGGGUAAUUGGAUUGAAACAAAGCAAUGCUACUUUGUUGCUGUUAUGCAAAUAGACAAAGUGUCCUAAUACUGUUUUUAUUGAGGUUUAAUAUCAAUAAUGAUGUAAGAGUGGACAUGAAGAUGGUAAAACUCAGUACCUCAGUAUCAGAGACCUCAGUUGUAUUGUUUGCAUUUUCCAGAUAAUAUGUGAUUUUUAUAAUUAUUUUGUAAUGAUCAGCCUCUGGAGUGAAACUGGCAUAUGUUUGGCACUAAAUCAUCUUUUUUAAUAGGUUAAUAUUUUCUAUUCAUCAGAAAAAAAGUCAUAUUUACUGCUAUGAUGUUGUUAUUGUGUUGAUGCUGAAGCAGUAUUUUAAACAAGAUUGAUGUACGAAGCAUCUUCUCGUCAUUAAUGAUUUACAGUACUAGGAAAUGUUGAGAUCUUUGUUUUCAGAGAUGCUAACACCCCAACUUUUAAAGCUUCAUUAUUUCAGUUCAUCUAUUUUAGCCAUCUUGAAUUGACUCAUUGAGAUCAAAUUUAUUUUCAGUAUAGCUUACAAAUUAUAGGAACUGAGUCAUGCAAAACCCCUAUUUUUAAGAGUAUAGCAAGAUUUUAGAUCCAGUUUGGACAUUUACAUAUUAACAAGUGUGAAAAUGUGCAUCAUAAACGCCGGUUUCUUACAAAACAUUUUGUCUGGGAUGUUCUUACCUCUUUUUAUAUUCGUCAAAGGUCAGUAAUGAUGUCAAUUGUUUAUGAAUAAAGUGGCUGUCUCAGAUAA